GCUAUUCUAUUACUAUCCCAUUUUUUGUUCUUUCUCUGCACUUCUGUAGUCUUCUUUAGCUUUGCCUCCUUUGCCUCAGCUUAUUUUACCACUGCUCUCUAAUGGCAGAUAUGUUAAACUUUUCACUUCUUUCAUUUAUUUUCUGAUCUGAGGUUCCAAUAUUUUCUCUUAGAUCAAUAUUUUUUUCUUUCAAAUAAUCUUUUAGGUUCCCAAGUUUCCACAACUUUAGUACAAAGAGACCAUUCUGAAUAUUGGGUUUUUGUUGUAUUGGUUUUGGUUAGAUUUUAAAGGAUGUGUUUUUGGUUAAGAAUGGAAAUGGUGGCUGUUUCUUGAAAAGUCAUCUUCAUUGAUUUUGAUUUUAAAGGAUGUGUUUUUGGUUAAGGAUGGAAAUGGCGGCUGUUUAUUGAAAAAUCAUCUUCAUUGAUUUUGUUUAUUGCAGGAAUCUUUGCCAGCAAAAAUUUCUUAUUUGGAAAAUGGGUAGAGGAAAAGGAAAGACAAAGAAGCAAUCCGUUCGUGAGGAUCUUGUGAGUGGCGAAGAAGAGAAGAUACCGGUGAGGAGAAGGGGAAGACCAUCACAGAAACCAAAGGAUGAAAUAGAGGAGGAAGAAGAAGUUGAGAAGGCAGUGGAGGAAAAAGAUGCCAUCUUGAACAAAGAUAUCAAGAACGAAGUAGCAGAAGAUGGAAAGAAGAGGAAGAGACCUUCACAAGACGGAGAAAAUAAGGAUCCCGUGAAAGAGGAAAAUGGAGUUGGAACUAUAACUAACUCUAAUGACUUAAUAAAGUCAGUUGGAUUCAGACCGAAUGGGAGCAGAAGGAAAAACAAGCCUAGACGGGCUGCCGAAGUUGGUGUUGAGUGCAGAUGAACGCACUUUACUAUUAUUUACAUGUGCUUAUUUUAUUUUAGUCUUUUUAUAAUUGCUUCUUUUUGGAAAUUUCAACUUAAAUUUUGCGAAGAUUUAUGCAGCAAGCUUUAGUUUUGCUGAAUGUAUUGCUCCUAUAUCCCUUCACCAAUUCUCUUUUUGCACGUCUCAUCAGUAUCCAGAAUGAUGUUUCUCCAUAACAUGUAAUUUUUGCUAGUUCCAGUUUGAAA